AUGUCUAGAAGAAAAUCUAAAUCUAAUGAUGAUUAUUCCCAAGAUUUACCCAUUGAGACAAUGGCAUUAAAAUCCAGCACUGAUAAAAAUAUUAAGGAUGUGUCGUGUACCCCAAGCUGCUCUGAAGGUCCUGGGCCUGAGUGUGAAGAGAAGCAAAAUGGAAAUGGUGGCAAUGGUAGUAAUGGUAAUGGUAGAAAAUAUCGAAAUGGAAAUGGAGAAAAUAUCAAGCUUGAAACUAUCCCACCAGAUCCAAGAUGGCCGAAUGCAAAUGUGACCAAUUAUUGCUUCAUGAUGUAUGUUGAUUAUCAUCGAUGCAUUAGAAAGAAAGGUGAUGAUUAUGAACCCUGCCAAUAUUUUCAAAAGGCCUACAAAGGUUUAUGCCCUGUUGAGUGGUUUGAAAGAUGGGAUUCACAAUUAGAACAAGGUACGUUUCCCAGAAAAUUUGAAGAAAAGCAAGAAUCCUAA